AUGCAUCUACUCUUGUCAUUGCAACCCAGUGGUAGCCUACAAGUGUUACGAGUAAAGGAGGGCAAGAACCGGAUAAGAGCGAACGUCAAGGGGGAAUUCGGUAUCGGUGGUCGGACCAACUUUGUGCAAAAGAUACAUGUUUUUGCUAUAUUAAACAAACAGUAUAUUGCUGUUGCUAGAAGCGCUGGCUUGGUACAACUAUAUGAAAAGGUGCUGAAACCCCCCGGAUUGGACUGCUCAGGAUCAACCACGUAUAAGCUUGUCAAAGAAUGGAAGAACUCUACCACGGGGCCACGAGAUCCGAUUAUCGGCAUUGGGGCAUUCAGAAACCAAUACAUGUACACAUGCUCGGGAGAGGGCAAAUUGGUUAUACGAGACUUGAUCAAUGACGAUGCUGACGACUCAGUUAAACUGUACAUUAUUGACGGACCUUUGUCUGCUGUUACUAUUGAAGCGAUUCCUCAGUCAACACAUAUCCUUGUUGCAGCAGGCGGGAAAGGAAAUAACUUGAAGUUGUAUGACUUCGAUUUUGUCACUCAUGAUUUCGCCUCAAAUUUUGAGACUAUUGUGAACCUGGUGGGCCACAUGACACUGAUUGGAUUAGUAAUGUCUGUUCCCGAAGGUCGUUCUUUGCUUAGACGCUCCCUUCCUAUCCGCAAUUCUUUUGUUGACGUUCGACGGUUGGUGCCAGUUCUCGAUACUACUCCAAGUAAAACAUGUGCUAAAAAGGAUUCCGGUGCAUACUGGGUGCUGAGCACCUGUUUCUGGAAGCAGGGCUCGGAUCGAAUGGUUUUUGCUGGCACUCAAUUUGGUGAGUUGUACGUAUAUGGCAUCGAAAUGCCUUACGAGUUUGAAUUACUACCUCGCAAGGUGCUCCUGCUAUCUCAAUUCUCCAUUAACCAGUUGCUAGUGUUCAAUUCUGGUAGAUACUUGUUUUUCUCGGAUUCCAUGUCCAAGGCUGGCGUCAUCGAUAUCAAGACGCUUGAAGUCGUCAAUUUCUAUGACUACCUUCGCAUUGGCCCAAGCAUAUCUUCUAGGGUCUACACCUCCGAGGGUACCUCGAAGGUCUCGCUGCACAGCAACCUCUCGAGGUUCCUGCCGAUCUACAUGAUCGCCACGACAAUCGAUGGAGCCAUUAGAAUUUACAAGCUUAGUGAUAGUAACGAAAAGAAACUCUGCUUCCAAUCCACCAACGCAGGUGUGAUACCCAAUUUCGAUUUCCUUGAAAGUGACCCUUAUACAAGGUUGAACGUUCUAUUCGGCGAGACCUUCUCACAAGAAAGCAACGCACAAAAGCCAACGGAGUCUUCGUCUGCUAAGAGGCGUAAAGCAACCGUUAGCUCGUCUGAUGCAAAUUUUAUAAUGCAUUCCUCGAGCCACCAGGGCCGGAACCAUAAUGUGCUUACGACAAACUAG